UCGCAGCCGAGCGCGGCCGGGCAGGGCUGUGCCUCCGCCCCGCGCCGAGCUCCGGGUGCUGGCAGGCGCCCCGAGAUUGUCGUGAGGCGUCUGGCCAGUGGGUGAGCGCUGUAAUCUGAACCAGCUGUGUCCAGACCGAGCCCCAUUUGCAUUGUUUAACAUACUUAGAAAAUGAAGUGUUCAUUUCUAACAUUCCUCCUGCAAUUGGUUUAAUGCUGGAUUCCUGGAGCGGGCUAAGCAGAACCAGGUGCUCGCUCCGGGGGCUCUCCAGUGGCUCGGAGGACCCAGGCGCUCGCCCCUCGUGCUCCCCGCGCCUCGCUCGGCCCCUCUGGGACGGGAACCUCGGCGCGCCCCGCGGGCCCCGAGGAGGCCGGAGUGCACGGUCGCCCCCAGGGUCCCGCCGGCCACCUCUUCGUCUUUUCCGCCUUUGCGUCUCCUCCUCGCGCAUCUCGGACAUGCCAGGAUUAAAAAGGGUAUUCACCGUUACCAUUCUGGCUCUCUGUCUUCCAAAUCCUGGGAAUGCACAGCCACAGUGCACUAAUGGCUUUGACCUGGACCGCUCGUCAGGACAGUGCUUAGAUAUUGACGAGUGCCGGACCAUCCCUGAGGCCUGCCGAGGAGACAUGAUGUGUGUUAACCAAAACGGUGGCUAUUUAUGCAUCCCCCGAACAAACCCGGUGUAUCGAGGGCCCUACUCGAACCCCUACUCGAACCCCUACUCAGGUCCAUAUCCAGCAGCGGCCCCACCGCUCUCAGCUCCCAACUACGCCACGAUCUCAAGGCCACUCAUAUGCCGCUUUGGAUACCAGAUGGAUGAGGGCAACCAGUGUGUGGAUGUGGACGAGUGUGCAACAGACUCCCACCAGUGCAACCCUACCCAGAUCUGCAUCAAUACGGAAGGAGGGUACACCUGCUCCUGCACUGAAGGGUAUUGGCUUCUGGAAGGCCAGUGCUUAGACAUUGAUGAAUGUCGCUAUGGUUACUGCCAGCAGCUCUGUGCAAAUGUUCCUGGAUCUUAUUCCUGUACGUGCAACCCUGGUUUUACCCUGAAUGAGGAUGGAAGGUCUUGCCAAGACGUAAACGAAUGUGCAACUGAGAACCCCUGCGUGCAAACCUGUGUCAACACCUAUGGCUCUUUCAUCUGCCGCUGUGACCCAGGAUAUGAACUUGCGGAUGAUGGUGUUCACUGCAGUGAUAUGGACGAGUGCAGCUUCUCUGAGUUCCUCUGCCAACAUGAGUGUGUGAACCAGCCCGGCACAUACUACUGCUCCUGCCCUACAGGCUACAUCCUGCUGGAUGACAACCGAAGCUGCCAGGACAUCAAUGAGUGUGAGCACAGAAACCACACAUGCAACCUGCAGCAGACUUGCUACAAUUUGCAAGGAGGCUUCAAAUGCAUUGACCCCAUCCGCUGUGAGGAGCCGUAUCUGCAAAUCAGUGAUAACCGCUGUAUGUGUCCUGCUGAGAAUCCUGGCUGCAGAGACCAGCCCUUUACCAUCUUGUACCGAGACAUGGAUGUGGUGUCAGGACGCUCCGUUCCCACUGACAUCUUCCAGAUGCAAGCAACGACCCGCUACCCUGGGGCCUAUUACAUUUUCCAAAUCAAAUCUGGGAAUGAGGGCAGAGAAUUCUAUAUGCGGCAAACGGGCCCCAUCAGUGCCACCCUGGUGAUGACACGCCCCAUCAAAGGGCCCAGGGACAUCCAGCUGGACUUGGAAAUGAUCACUGUCAACACCGUCAUCAACUUCAGAGGCAGCUCUGUGAUCCGACUGAGGAUAUAUGUGUCUCAGUACCCAUUCUGAGCCCCGGGCUGGAGCCUCUGACACUGCCUCUCACCAGCACCAAGGGACAGGAGAAGAGAGGAAACAAGAGAGAGAAUGAGAGCGAGACAGAUGUUACGCUUUCCUGCUGAACGUUGCCCUGAGGAGUCAGCCUGGAUGUCCCCCACCUGUACUAUUGCAGACCCAUCACUCUGAAGGGCAUGCCGCCCCCAGUUCCUAUGAUGCAGUUACCAAAAAGUAUUAUCAUGCACCCCUCGAUGUGAGGUCCUCGGUGAUUUUUCAAGGCCUUCAGUUUAUUUCCAUAUUUUCCAAAGAGAACAGAUUAGGUUUGCUGGGGUGUGAGUCUGUGUUGAAAGACUGUGAACAGCUUGCUCUCACUCUUCCACGCCUUUUUUCUCUCUCUCGCUGCGUUGCUGCUUUGCUGAGGCCCCAAGAGCUCACGGGGAACACUGGGUAUAGCUAGUUAGCUUCUUGCGUGUACUGAGAAGGCUAUGGAAACAAACCACAGCAGGAUCUAAGACUUUUUAAAGAGUCUAUUUCAAAACCAUGUCUGGUAUUUUCAGCCAUAAAGAAAGUUCAGUUGUCCUUAAAUUUGUAUAACUGUUUAUUGCUUUCUUGUUCAUUUCGAGUAUUUUUUUUUUUAAUAAGUGGUAGAAUUCUUUCAAAAGGCUUUCAGAUACAUGUUAUAUUCUGUCUUCCCAAACCCAGUCUCCUCGCCAUUUUAGCCCAUUGUUUUCUUUGAGGACCCCUUAAUCAUGCUUUCUUUAGAAUUUCUACCCAACUGGGUUGGAAGGCAGAGGUCUCCAAACUUGAUUAAAUAUUUGAAGAGA